AUGAGACUCGACUACGCAGUCAUUGCUCUGUCGCUCUUGACGGGCGCCUCGGCCGCGGCCAUCGGUGAACCACUAGACAUCGCGCGCGUCGAUGUCGAAGAUCACGAUCUGUUCAAGCGCAAGGGUGGCGGCGGCGGCGGCGGCCGUGGCGGCGGAGGUAGCUCUGGAGGCAGUCGUGGAGGUAGCUCAAGCGGCUCGAGUGGCUCGAGUGGCUCUUCAGGAAGCCGUGGUGGAAGUUCGGGCUCAUCUGGCAACCGCGGCUCGCCGUCCAACACAGGGUCCAACGUCAACGCUGGCGGUACAACAAGGUCCGGCUCCGGUCCUCAGCCCCGUUUCGGCGGCGGCCAGUAUUACAGCGGAGGCUCUCGUGUUCCUUAUGCCGCCGGCAGUACCAGAAACGGAAUCGUCCCGGGUCUUCUGAUCGGCUCUGCGCUCGCCUUCUGGCCCGCGCUCUGGCUUGGCGGCGCCUAUAUGUACAACUACCACGACCCCUACCGUUUUCGCAAUGAAUCCAACAACAACAAGGACGAAGAGCUGCCUGUCAUCUGCGGAUGCGCGCAGGGCGCCUCAUGCAGCUGCGACGACAGCGGCAAUACUACUGCCACCCUCAACGAGCUCGUUGGCAACGGAAGCUACGCCGGCCUCAACAAGAGCGUCGUCACCGUUGGAACCAAGGAUGGUCACAAGGUCCUUCUCGUCAACGGCACCUUGCCCAAUGGCACUACUGCCAAGGGUGACGAAGACAAGGAUGCUGACGGCAACUCUACUGCUUCAGCAACUUCGGCGGCCGCCAAGACGGCUCUCGAGAGCAUGGGCCUCUGGCCAGUCAUCGCCACUGUCGUCGCCAUCGUCUUUGCCGCGUAA